GCGAAAGACAAUUUAUAGAAGAUCAAGAAGGACGAUCCUUCUAAGCUAACGAGCCUCCCUCCAAAAAUAGAGAUGGAGACUUGAAUUCGAAAGGCAAAAACCGUAAACCAUGGUACGGAACAACAUUUGUGCAUGAGAUUUUUGGCUGUAAGCCUAAAAAUUGAAUGAAAGAAGUUGAAAUUCAAGAGAUCUGCUACUUACGACCACUUGCAAUAAAAAAUUUCGUUAACAGUAAUAAAUAAAUGGCCAUAAAACAGCUUCUGAGGAGGAAAACAGCUAUGUUAUUUUAUUACCAGUAUGGUUCAAGAAGAUUGAAUAAGAAUGCACAUUUCAAUGUUCAAUUGUGAUCAUACAAUGCCAAUGCCAUUGCCUUUGCCUUUGCCAUCCACUGCCCAUCUCAAUAUAACAGCCUUAUUUAGGGAGGGUCGGUUAAAAGAGGCUCUGCACUUUCUUCUCACUACACAGAACCCCCCUGUAGACUGUUCGACAUAUCUUCAACUAUUGCAUACGUGCAUUGCCAAGAAUGCACUUUCACGAGCUUACAGAAGACAUGGGUUUCCUCGUGAGGCUUUGAAAAUGUUUUACCAAAUGCAAGCAACAGGUGUCCAACCUAAUAAGCUCAGCUUUUCCAGCAUACUCCCAGCUUGUGCCAAAGUAAGAGCUCUGGAAGAGGGUAUGGACAUCCAUAAAAGCAUAGUAGAAGGAGGGUUUUUGUCAGAUGUUGUAAUUUCGACUGCCCUGGUAGACAUGUAUGCAAAAUGUGGAAACAUUCACAAGGCACGUGAAAUGUUUGACAAAAUGCCUAUGAGAAAUGUAGUCUCGUGGAAUGCUAUGCUUUCUGGAUAUGCACAAAAUGGUGAUCUUGAGGAGGCUUUCAGGCUUUUCAAAGAAAUGCCUCGACCGGAUUCCAUUUCAUGGAAUGCUAUGGUUGCAGGAUAUGCACAAAAUGGUUUGGUUGAGAAGGCUUUGGAGGCAUUUAAGCAAAUGCAAUUGGAAGGUGUAAAGCCAGAUUUCAAAUCCUUCACCAGCAUCCUCCCAGCCUGUGCCAAAAUGGGAGCUUUAGAAUAUGGUUUGGAAAUCCAUAAAAGCAUAAUUGAAAGUGGGUUUUUGUCAGAUAUUAUAGUUGUGAACGCCCUGAUAGACAUGUAUGGAAAAUGUGGAUGCAUGUACAAGGCACGUGAACUGUUUCAGAAAAUGAUGCAAAGAGAUGUGAUCUCAUGGACUGCGAUUGUUUCAGGAUAUGCACAAAAUGGUUUUCUCGAUGAGGCUUGGAUACUUUUUGAAGAAAUGCCUCAUAGGAAUGUAAUAUCAUGGAAUGCGAUGAUUACAGCAUAUGCACAAAAUGGUUUCUUUGACGAAGCAUUAAGGCUUUUCAAAGAAAUGCCUCAACCAGAUGUCAUCACUUGGAAUGCCAUGGUUGUAGGGUAUACGCAAAAUGGGUUCUUUGAAAAAGCGCUAGAGAUGUUUACGGAAAUGCAAAUGUCAGGUUUGAAGCCAAAUUCCACAACAUUCGCUUCCAUUCUCCCAGCUUGUGCUAAAAUGGGAGUUUUAGAGCAGGGUAUAUACAUCCAUCAAAGUAUAAUUGAGAGUGGAUUUUUGUCAGAUGUUGUAGUUGCAAGUGCCCUAGUAGACAUGUAUACAAAAUGUGGAAGCAUACAGAAAGCACGUGAACUGUUUGACAAAAUUUCAAAACGAGAUGCUGUCUCAUGGACUGCGAUGAUUGCAGGAUACGCACAAAAUGGGUUUUUUGAGAAGGCCUUGGAAACUUUUAAACAAAUGCAAUUGACUGAUGUAAAACCAGAUUCCACAACGUUUGCUAGCAUCCUCCCAGCCUGUGCCAAAAUGGGAGCUUUAGAACAGGGUAUGGACAUCCAUCGGAGCAUAAUCGAAAAUGGACUGUUAUCAGAUGUUGUAGUUGGGAAUACCUUGGUAGACAUGUAUGCAAAAUGUGGAAGUAUACAGAAGGCACAUGAACUGUUUCACAAAAUACCUCAAAGAAAUGUGAUCUCAUGGAAUACUAUGAUUGCCGGAUAUGCACAAAAUGGCUUUUGCAAGGAUGCUCUCAGGAUUUUUGAACUAAUAAGGCAGUCUGGAACAUACCCUGACCAUGUAAGCUUUGCUUGUGUUUUAUUUGCAUGUAGCCAUGCAGGUUUAGUGGACGAGGGCUGCAAAUACUUUAGCGACAUGAGCAACUGUUAUUGCAUUAUGCCUGCAAUUGAGCACUAUGUGUGCAUGGUUGAUCUUCUUAGCCGUGCCGGCUAUCUUGAGGAAACUUUGAACUUUAUCAUCAAAAUACCAAUUAAACCUGUGGCGGUAAUGUGGAUGUGCUUGCUCGGUGCCUGCAAAACACAUAAAAAUCUAGGGUUGGGAGCUUUUACUGCAACUCUCAUCUUUGAACUCGAUCCUAAAAACACUGCUAGUUAUGUUCUUCUUUCAAAUAUCUAUGCGGAAGUGGGCAACUGGAGUGAAUCACUGAAGGUGAGGAAAUUGAUGAAAGAUGGAGGAAUUAACAAGAUACCCGGAUGUAGUUGGAUUGAAGGCCAUAAAAUGGUACAUGUUUUCUGUGCAGGAGACAGAUCACACCCACAAACACAGGAGAUCUAUGCAAAGUUGGAAAAUUUGUCUUGGGCAAUGAAGGCAUCAGGAUAUUUUCCAAAUUCAAGACAUGCUCUGAAUGAUGUGGAGGAAGAGGAAAAAGAAUCAUUUCUCUGUCACCAUAGUGAGAAGAUGGCAAUUGCAUUUGGCUUGUUAAACACACCCCCUGGAGCAACCAUUAGAAUUGUCAAGAACCUUCGAGUAUGUGUUGAAUGCCACACUGCAACCAAGUUUAUUUCCAAGAUUGUUGCACGAGAAAUUGUUGUGAGAGAUGCGAGCCGGUUCCAUCAUUUCAAGCAAGGACAAUGUUCUUGUGGAGAUUAUUGGUGAUGCUAAGUGAGGCAUGCUGUAAAGUGUAAACGAUAACAUAGGCUUGUAUCAUAAUGAGGUGCACUAUGGCAGACCUGCCAUGACAAAGAAGAAACCAGAUUCUAUAGCCUGUCUUUAGAAAGUGUUAAAAGUGUUUGGAGAUCAAGACAAAGCUGUUCGCUUUAAAGGAUUUUUAAUUAAAAGAGGGGUAAAAAUUUAUUCAAUCAUAGAAAGAGAUAUAAAACAAGAAGGAUCACAGGUUCAGCAGAAAAAAAAUUAUACAAUUCUAUUAAAUGAUCCAACAAAAGAAACAUUUUUGAAGAUAAUUACCCCUUAUCCACUAUAUUCCAACCGUUUUUAUGAUACCAUGGAAGUAUUUUUUCAUGGAAAACUGGAGGAAGUGGAGAAUGGCAAAAAGAAAAGGUAGAGGAAGGCUUGAAGCAAAUUGGACUAUGCUUCGGCCUGCAGGAAAUUUUGGAGAAGGGCAUAAUCAAUUCAAUGGUUGGAGAUAUUUGGAACGGCAUUUUUUACUUGAACCACUGUCAUUGUGUAUGGUAUUUUUUCUUGAAUUAAUUGUAUUAUAGGCCUGCCAUUUGAGAUUAACAUAUACAAUG